CAGCAAGCCACUGGCCAGCAACUGUGCGGCUGGUGUCGCGAGAUUUGGCAGGCAGAGGAGGAGCUGUCGCGGGCAGCCGCCUCACAGCGAUGGCGGCCGAGCAGGGCCGGCGGCGGCGGUGGCGGCUGCGGCUCCGGCCGGAGACGGCAGUGGUGGCGGUAGUGGUGGGUGGCGGGGGCCUGUGACCGGGACCUGCCCCCGGAUCCGGGCACCAUGAGCCAAGGCCCCCCCCCAGGGGAGAGCAGUGAGCCCGAAGCAAAGGUCCUCCACACUAAGCGGCUUUACCGGGCUGUGGUGGAGGCUGUGCAUCGACUUGACCUCAUCCUUUGCAACAAAACCGCUUAUCAAGAAGUGUUCAAACCAGAGAACAUUAGCCUGAGGAACAAGCUGCGUGAGCUCUGCGUCAAGCUUAUGUUCCUGCACCCGGUGGACUAUGGGAGGAAGGCUGAGGAGCUGCUGUGGAGAAAGGUAUACUAUGAAGUUAUCCAGCUUAUCAAGACUAACAAAAAGCACAUCCACAGCCGGAGCACUUUGGAAUGUGCCUACAGGACACACUUGGUUGCUGGUAUUGGCUUCUACCAGCAUCUCCUUCUCUACAUCCAGUCGCACUACCAGCUGGAACUGCAAUGUUGCAUCGACUGGACCCAUGUCACCGACCCCCUCAUAGGUUGCAAGAAGCCUGUGUCUGCCUCAGGGAAGGAGAUGGAUUGGGCACAGAUGGCAUGCCACCGAUGUCUAGUGUACCUGGGUGAUUUGUCGCGAUAUCAGAAUGAAUUAGCUGGUGUAGACACUGAGCUGCUAGCCGAGAGAUUUUACUACCAAGCCCUGUCAGUAGCUCCCCAGAUUGGAAUGCCCUUCAACCAGCUGGGCACCCUGGCCGGCAGCAAGUACUAUAAUGUGGAAGCCAUGUAUUGCUACCUGCGCUGCAUCCAGUCAGAAGUGUCCUUUGAGGGGGCCUAUGGGAACCUCAAGCGGCUGUAUGACAAGGCAGCCAAAAUGUACCACCAACUAAAGAAGUGUGAGACUCGGAAACUCUCUCCCAGCAAAAAGCGAUGUAAAGACAUUAAGAGGUUGCUGGUGAACUUCAUGUAUCUUCAAAGCCUCCUGCAGCCCAAAAGUAGCUCCGUGGACUCAGAGCUCACUGCACUUUGCCAGUCGGUCCUAGAGGAUUUCAACCUCUGUCUCUUCUACCUGCCCUCCUCACCCAACCUCAGCCUGGCCAGUGAGGAUGAGGAGGAGUAUGAGAGUGGAUAUGCUUUCCUCCCGGACCUUCUCAUCUUUCAGAUGGUCAUCAUCUGCCUUAUGGGUGUGCACAGCUUGAAGAGAGCAGGAUCCAAGCAGUACAGUGCAGCCAUUGCCUUUACCCUGGCCCUCUUUUCUCACCUCGUCAAUCAUGUCAACAUACGACUCCAGGCUGAGCUGGAAGAGGGCGAGAACCCCGUCCCUGCAUUCCAGAGCGAUGGCACAGAUGAACCGGAGUCCAAGGAACCUCUGGAGAAAGAGGAGGAACCAGAUCCUGAGCCACCUCCCUCAGCACCCCAAGCAAGUGAGGGCCGAAAGAGCCGUAAGUUCUCCCGCCUCUCCUGCCUUCGCCGCCGCCGCCACCCACCCAAAGCUGGUGAUGACAGUGAUUUGAGUGAAGGCUUUGAAUCAGACUCAAGCCAUGAUUCAGCUCGGGCCAGUGAGGGCUCGGACAGUGGCUCCGAUAAGAGUCUUGAAGGUGGAGGAACAGCCUUUGAUGCCGAGACAGACUCGGAAAUGAACAGCCAGGAGUCCCGAUCAGAUCUGGAAGAUAUGGAGGAGGAGGAGGGGACACGAUCUCCAGCCCUGGAGCCCCCUCGGGCCAGAUCAGAGGCUCCCGAUUCCCUCAAUGGCCCCCUGGGCUCCAGUGAGGCUAGCAUUGCCAGCAAUCUACAAGCCAUGUCCACCCAGAUGUUCCAGACCAAGCGCUGCUUCCGGCUGGCCCCCACCUUCAGCAACCUGCUCCUCCAGCCCACCACGGAACCUCACACCGUGGCCAGCUGCAGGCCCUGCGUCAAUGGAGAUGUGGACAAGCCCUCAGAGCCAGCAUCUGAGGAGGGCUCUGAGUCGGAAGGGAGUGAGUCCAGUGGGCGCUCCUGUCGGAAUGAGCGCAGCAUCCAGGAGAAGCUGCAGGUCCUGAUGGCUGAAGGCUUGCUUCCUGCUGUGAAAGUCUUCCUGGACUGGCUGCGGACCAACCCCGACCUCAUCAUUGUGUGUGCACAGAGCUCUCAAAGUUUGUGGAACCGCCUGUCUGUGUUGCUGAAUCUGUUGCCAGCUGCUGGCGAACUCCAGGAGUCUGGCCUGGCCUUGUGUCCUGAGGUCCAGGAUCUUCUUGAAGGUUGUGAACUGCCUGACCUCCCUUCUAGCCUGCUGCUCCCAGAAGACAUGGCACUUCGUAACCUGCCCCCGCUCCGUGCUGCUCACAGACGCUUUAACUUUGAUACAGAUCGGCCCCUGGUCAGCGCGUUAGAGGAGGCAGUGGUGCGCAUCUGCUGCAUCCGCAGCUUUGGUCACUUCAUCUCCCGUCUGCAAGGCAGCAUCCUACAGUUCAACCCAGAGGUCGGCAUCUUCGUCAGCAUCGCCCAAUCGGAGCAGGAGAGCCUAUUGCAGCAGGCCCAGGCGCAGUUCCGCAUGGCACAGGAGGAAGCUCGUCGGAACAGGCUCAUGAGAGACAUGGCUCAGCUGCGACUUCAGCUUGAGGUCUCUCAGCUGGAGGGCAGCCUGCAGCAGCCCAAGGCCCAGUCAGCUAUGUCUCCCUACCUCGUCCCUGACACCCAGGCCCUCUGUCACCACCUCCCUGUCAUCCGCCAGCUGGCCACCAGUGGCCGCUUCAUUGUCAUCAUCCCAAGGACAGUGAUUGACGGCCUGGAUUUACUGAAGAAAGAACACCCAGGGGCCCGGGAUGGGAUCCGGUACCUGGAGGCAGAGUUUAAAAAAGGAAACAGGUACAUUCGCUGCCAGAAAGAGGUGGGAAAGAGCUUUGAGCGGCAUAAGCUGAAGAGGCAGGAUGCAGAUGCCUGGACUCUCUAUAAGAUCCUAGACAGCUGCAAACAGCUGACUCUGGCCCAGGGGGCAGGUGAGGAGGAUCCAAGUGGCAUGGUGACCAUCAUCACAGGCCUUCCACUGGACAACCCCAGCGUGCUUUCAGGCCCCAUGCAGGCAGCCCUGCAGGCCGCUGCCCAUGCCAGUGUGGACAUCAAGAAUGUUCUGGACUUCUACAAGCAGUGGAAGGAGAUUGGUUGAGACUGCCCCCCAGGCCCUGCAGUGGGGCUGACUCCAGAUCUCUCCUGCCCUCCCUGGCAGCCAGGACCACCACCUGUAGUCACCCCACCACACGCAGACUCAUGCACGCACACAGGAAGGAAGCCUAGCUGCGCAGAGGCUGCAGGGAGGGCCCAGGAGCCAGCUGGGAGGGUGGGGUCCCCCUGUUGCCAAGAUGACGUUAGGAAAGCGAGGAAAGUGCUUGGAGCAGGAAAGAUCUGUGGGCCCCUAGCCAGCCUUCCUGCCUCAACUCCCCUGCUCUCCCCAGGGGCAGGUGGCAGGCAUGGGUGUCUGCAUUUCAUUGGAAUGGUUCCUGGACCUUUGAGCAGAAGGAACAGCGGAAGAGGCCCUUCUUCCUCACCCAAGAUGCAGGGUGGUUGGGGCCAGGAGUUUGGAUCCUCCAGGCCCUGGGGGAAGAGUUGGGUAAUACCAGGUGUCUGACGGCUGGUUCUCUGCAGAUCUUUCUGCCACUCAAGGACCACCCCUCUUCCUUUCAUUGCCCUUUGCAGGGGCUGGGCAGCUCUGGAGCCAGCCAUGGGGGCUCUUACAGGAGUGAGGCCUGGAGUGGCCUGCACUGAGUAGCAGAGUCAGGGUUUGUAUACCCCCUCUCCUACCACAGGGGCUGCACACCCAGUCGCCCCACUUGUGUCUCCCUCUGUCUGGCUUCCAGGGCAGGGAGCAGGCCCCACCUAGGGCUGCAGGCAGUCCGGCCUGUAUGCCAGUGCGGGUUCCUGUGCCCACUGGCCCCACAAGCACUGCGCUUUGUGCUCUUGGCUGCUAUGUGGGGACAGAGUGAGAUGCCAGUAAGAGAAGAAAGGGGUGCAGUCUGGGGCUACCCCCCUUACUAUCUAGGAAGGGCUGAACACAAGAGGAUGGCAUUCAGUGGCAACAGAAAGGAGAGGUCCCUUGAGGCUGCUCAGGCAGGGGCCCUCUGUCCUGAAGGACUUCCCUCCUCCUGCCCUCCUUAGGACUAAAGACCUGGAGGGGCUGCGUGUGGGGCUGGCUUUUGGAGUGUCGAGGUGAAUAUGUGGGAGCAGAGAUCAUGAAUAGCUCAGGGCAGUGAAUGGCUCGCCAAGAGCAGGGCUACGUGUGGGAGGAUUGCCUCAGCCCCUCUCCUUCAGGCUGGAAGUGUAGCACAGGCUGGGGGCGGGGGUGGAAGAUCUCAGCUCUGCUGCCCCCACCCCACCCCAAGCGCUAGCCUACCUUCCCAAGCUGCGCUUAGAGGAGAGCUGGCUUCCCGCUUCCAUCCUCUAAGACAGCAAGUCUGAGAAAACCUGGGGGAAGUGGCAGUUCCCCCAGUUCCUGGCAGAGACUGAGACUAAAGCAUCACUUUAAUAAAGACCCUCCCCAAGCCCA